AAAACCCCCCGAAAAAGCCGGAAAAAGCCGCAGCUCCCCCUUCCCAUUCCCGUUUUCCGGGGCUUUUAUCCCGACUUUCCAACCAAUCCCUGCCCGGAGCCGAGGGAGGGAGGGCAAAGGGCCCCGGAAUUCCCGGAAUUCCCGGAAUUCCCGGCUUUUUCCCUGGAAAAGUGACGCUCUGUGUCCCUGUUGGCAGUUUGUCAUGGAUGAUGAAGACGGGCGGUGCCUCCUCGAUGUCAUCUGCGAUCCUCAGGCCCUGAACGAUUUUUUACAUGGAUCCGAGAAGAUUGACAGUGAUGAUCUCCUGGACAGCUCAGGAGAUGCUGCCAGUGCCUUUUUUGAAGGUGCUGGGCUCCACGGGCAGGAGCCCGCCGGGAACCCGCUGAGCGCGGAGCCGAGCCAGCCGCCGGCCAGCGUGGACCUGGACUUCCUGGAGGAUGACAUCCUGGGCUCGCCCUCGGGCGCCGGCGCCGGCGCCGAGCAGCCGUGCGACAUCCUCCAGCAGAGCCUGCAGGAGGCCAACAUCACCGAGCAGACCCUGGAGGCCGAGGCCGAGCUGGACCUGGGCUCCUUCCAGCUGCCGGCGCUGCAGCCCGUGGUGCAGGCGCCCGACGGCACCCCCCAGAUCUUCUCCGGCGGCGCCGACCUGCUGGGCAUCCAACCGCCCGCCGUGCUGGCCCACCAGGCCCUGGUGCAGCAGCCGGUGGGCGCCGACGUGGUCAACAAGGCCAUCAGCGUCCAGCCCUUCCUGCAGCAGGUGGGGCUGGGCAACGUCACCAUCCAGCCCCUGCCCAACCUGCCCGGGCUGCCCAACGGCAGCCCCGGCGGCGCGCUGGGCAUCGGGCCCAUCCAGGUGGUGGGCCAGCAGGUGAUGGCCAUCAACCAGCCGGCGGCGCAGCAGCUGCUGGCCAAGCCGGCGCCGGUGGCGGCCGUGGGCGGGUACAUCGCGCAGCCCGAGGCGGCGCUGGCGGCGGCGCCGUCCUCGCAGGGCGGGGCCGGCCUGGUCAUCCAGAAGAGCCUCCCGGCCGUGGCCACCACCACGCUCAACGGCAACUCGGUGUUCGGCGGCGUGGCCUCGCCGGCGUCGCAGCCGCUCACCGUCACCUCGGGGCUGGGCGGCUCCCUGGUGCCGGCGCCCAACGUCAUCAUCCACCGCACGCCCACGCCCAUCCAGCCCAAGCCCGCCGGGGUCCUGCAGCAGAAGCUCUACCAGAUCACGCCCAAGCCCUUCGCGCCCAACAACGCGCUGGCGCUGCCCGGCGAGGCCCAGGCCAAGCCCCAGCAGAACCUGACCUUCAUGGCCGGCAAGGCCGCGCCCAACGUGGUGCUCUCGGGCUUCCCCCCCAACGUCUUCAAGCCGCCGCCGCCCCAGCCGCCGGCGGCGCUGGGCAAGUCCAUGAGCGUGCACGUGCUCAACCAGGGCGGCAGCAUCGUCAUCCCGGCCCAGCACUUCCAGGGGCAGAACCAGUUCCUGCUGCCGGGCCAGCUGGCCGGCGCCUCGGCCGUGCAGCUGCCGCAGCCGCUCUCGGCGCUGCCGGCCAACGUGGGCGGCCAGAUCCUGGCGGCCUCGCACGGCGCCGGCAUCAUCGCCGGCCAGGGCGCCGGCGCCCAGCUCAUCGCCAACCAGGCGCUGCCGGCGCAGAUCCUGACCAACCAGAACUUGGCCGGGCAACUCAACCUGGGCCAGGUGCUGACGUCGCCCAACGCCCACGGCACCGCCCACAUCCUGUCGGCGCCCAUCCAGCUCCAGCCGGGCCAGGUCGGCCAACCCGCGCUCUUCCAGAUGCCGGUGUCGCUGGCGGGGACGCUGCCCAGCCAGAGCCAGGCGGCGGCGGCGGCGGCGGCGGCGCCCACGGUGAUCCAAGGGGUGACGUUGGCCAACCAGGUCAUGCUCAACGCCGGCGACGGUUUGGGAGCCGCCGUCAGCAUCCAGGCCGCCCCCGGCGCCGCCCCCGGCGCCAGUCCCAGCCCCGGCGCCGACCCGGGCUCCGUCCUCACCGUCCAGCCCGCCGCGCCCGCGGCGGCGCCACUGCAGCUCAACGUGCCGGCGGCGGCGAGCGGGACGUCCCAGCCCAGCCCGGGGCUCGCCGGCAGCCCCGAGAAGAUCCUGUUGGGCCCCGCGGCCGCGCCCGGCACCGUCCUGGGCCAGGAGUCCAUGCAGAUGUUCCUGCAGCAG